CAGGUUCCCAUGUGAAUGGCCACUAUCAGGACUUCUCCAGAACACAGCCACAUCUCAGUUCUAUAUCAGUGAAGAUGGCACCUCCUUAGGCUGACCCUCGGCACUAAAUACUCCAGCCCACCAGACAAAGGGGACAUGUGCACAGAUAGCUCAAAGGCAGUGGCCAGACACCAGGGCUUCUCAGCAACAGAAACCAUAUUGUCCUCUUAGAGAAAAGCUUGGACCAUGUGAGCAAGCCCAGGCCAUGGUCCUAGCAGUCGUGUCCCAUCAACAAGAGAAGAGUAUAAUUCUCCAGAGGGCAGCCACUUCAAAAGGAAACUGUUCUACAAGUGAACCAGUGGGGACAAGUAGGGUAGCCCACCUGAGAACCAGAUGAACAAGGCCUGUGUCUGCAAUCUACCCACAUCCAACUCAAGCCACCUCAUUAGAAAUAGAAGUAAAAGGACGGUGUUUCUGUCUGCUUGAUGCCAAAAUGGAGCUUCAUAAGCGGGAUGUGGUGAGCUAUCCCUGACAGUGAAGUCACAACUAAGAAGCCGGUUGCCACUGGCGAGGAGCCCUCAGCCUUCCCUGGCUUCCAGGGUGUUUCCAACUUCCAAGGAGCAGCAAUGGAAAAGCCUGCAGGCAGGAAAAAGAAGACACAGGCCACAAAGGAGGAAGCAGCUGUGCAAAAGACCACUGUCAAAGGAGAGAAAGCAUCGAAGGGGAAAAAGCCGACCAAGAGGUCAGCAAAGCCCAGGAAGCCCCGCAAACAGACUGUCCUGAGCCCUGAAGACGAGGCACACAUCUUUGAUGCCUUUGAUGCCUCAUUUAAAGAUGACUUUGAGGGUGUCCCUGUGUUUGUUCCUUUUCAGAGGAAGAAGCCCUACGAGUGUAGUGAAUGUGGAAGAAUCUUUAAACACAAAACAGAUCACAUUCGCCACCAGAGAGUUCACACUGGAGAGAAGCCCUUCAAGUGUGACCAGUGUGGGAAGACCUUCAGGCACAGCUCAGAUGUCACCAAACAUCUGAGAAUUCAUACCGGUGAGAAGCCCUUUAAAUGUGGUGAGUGUGGGAAGGCCUUCAACUGUGGCUCCAAUCUUCUGAAACACCAGAAAAUGCAUACUGGAGAGAAGCCGUAUGGCUGUGAGGAGUGUGGAAAAUAUUUCGCCUACAGCUCCUGCCUCAUCCGGCAUCGGAAGCGUCAUCCAAGGAAGAAGCACUGAGCAGGGCAGCCUACAGCUAUGGAUCUUUGUCAAACAUCAGAUGUUGGUCUAGAUUUCCUAUGCAGUGUGCUACUGAUGGCUCUUUUGGCUGCCAUGCCUCAGUCAUCAAAAGGAAAAUCCAUCAGACAUGAGAAUCCACAGAGGCUUUCUACCCUGUGAGUCUAAACUUGGUGGUAACACAGUGCUCCUUGGGGGCUUCCUGCACCUCCAGCCAUUUUCCAGACUACUUCAUUCUACUCAGGGCCAUCUUUGGAACAGCUUUGGGUCAUCGAGAACUUACAGCUAAAGAGACACCCCUGUUUGUGGUGAUAUGUUAUUUAUGAUUAAAGCUUGCCUGGGGACUCAGAAAGGCAAAACCAGCCUCAAGCAUCAGGCAGUGGUGGUAUACACCUUUAAUCCCAGGACUCAGGAUUAAGAGGUAGAUGGAUCUCUGAGUCCAAGACCACCAUGGGCUACCAGAGAGUGACUCAGAGCUCACGCCUUUAAUUCCAGCAUUUUAGAGGCAUAAAAGGUAGAGGCACUCAAUCUGAGAGUUAGUCUCUAGCCUUGUUGAGGAGGGCAUAGCAAUCUGAGUGAAUCUGAAGAGCAGUGAAAUUGGGAGGAGUCUGAGUCCUGAGUCUUAGCUGAGGUAGAGGUAAGAGGUACUGGCUGGCUGCUUUGCUUUUCCAACCUUCAGCUUGAAGCUUGAACCCCAGUAGCUGUCUCUGGGUCAUUGAUUUUUUUGUGUUACAACUUUUUGUGAGGGCCACUGCCUCCCUCUACUGCCUCUGCCUGCACCAUCCACUAUGCAUCUGUCAGUUCUUUUGAAGGCUUCUGACUCUAGAUACCCAGCCCCAUGCAGUCUUCUAGGGGCAAGGAACCCUGAGGUGGAUGGCAGGCAGCACUUUGACCAGCUCUGAGGACCCAGGUCCCCUUGCUCAUCUCUGUGCAGCUAACUUCAGUAAUCCUGAAAUUUCUUUCUUCUGGCUGGACCAACAGUCUCUGAGCUCAGCCCCAGUGCCUGAAACUGGACUGCACUGUGUACCCUUGUCCCAGCCACCAUCGUAGACAAGUAGUCUGGACCCAUCCAAGUGGCUUCAGUGAACCAUUACACCCAGUCAUAGUGGCAGAUUGUUUAGACUAGGUCUUGUGGCUCCAGGGUGUCACCAGCAGCUUCUAUCCACUGUACCAUCAGAAACAACUGUGGCCCUGCCCCAUGGCAGCCUACCAUUCAGGUCAGUUCCAUGUCCUGCCUGUCACCAGGACCAGACCAUGUGGUUGUGCCUGCCCUCUGUCCCAGCUGCUCUAUGGGGGUCUGUGUUCUAAGACAGCAAAGUGACUGCUGACCAGAAGGGAUGCCAGUGCCGAUCUCCCCAGCAAGAAGCUCAGAGAAGUCAAGAUAGUCAGGUCUACUUCUACUACAGGAUGCCCACUGGCUGGGGCCAGACACCAGGGAGGCUGUCAUCACAGAGUCCAUUGGCAACAGGAAAGCUGUAGGUGGGUGAGCUCAGGGAGGCCUUUGGACGCCAUGUGGUAACUACAGGGCACUUUCACUUGUGCCCACCCUGAAGUUAAGAUGGCCACAUCACAUCAUUCACAAGUGACCAUUAGUUCUGGCUCACUGUCGGCCUAUUGGAGAGUCCCCAGUACCAGCUCUUUACUUCAGUGAGACACUAUGAGCAGCCACUUGGGUCAAAGUAAACUUCAGAACCUUCUAGAUGUCUUGGGAUGUGUCUUGGGGCAAUGAAGAGCACUCUCUUUAUGUAUUGGGAUUCCAAUUACAGAAGCUUACUCAACUGCAACCAGAAAUGCCUGAGAAGUCCAAGGCAGCUCCACUUGUCAGCCCCUCAGCUGCUACGUGAGGUGAGCUUUGUUCUGCGGGAAGGGCUCUGACCUGCACAGCUGCUGCUCAUCCUUACUUAGUGCAGAAAGCCCUGCCGGGGCCUGAUGACAAGCAAAUGAACAUGAGCUUUGGCUGCACUAACAUCCAUUCCUUCAGUCCCAUCCCAGCCAAGUGGGAAGUCAGGAGCCACGUCUAGGGAGAGCCAGAAGUAGCCCUGGGCCCAGUGGUCCUUUGUCUUCUCUUGAGACCAUUGGUUAGACUUGACUCUAGCUGGCAACUUUAUUCCUGGAAGGCUGUAGCUCCAGGGCACACUGGCCUCCACUCCUCCUUGACCUUGGAUCCAUCUCAGUUUGACAUCAAGACACAAUCAUUUUCUGUGCCUGUGAGUUAGGACACCAAGAUGUCCUGAAGAGGAAGGCAGGCCCUGGGCGGGCUCUAGGAAAAAAGGCUAUAUCCCCUAACUCAAGGGGCAGAUGCUCUGUGGCUUCUAGGAAAGAUUUGGGGGGAAUAAGGUCAUCUCUGGGGUGGACUCCAAGUACAGUGCAGACAAGGAGACUAACCUGUGUACCACAUGAACCCUUAGGUCAAGAGGUGGCACCCAUUGUCAGCCUACCCCUUCCAGAACUUUGUGCCUGUGGAGUUGGGUGUUGGCUUUCUCCUGGUUCCUUCUCAAGGAAGACAAGUAAAUUGCUCUCUCUGGACUCAAAUCUCCUGGAACUGAUGAUUUCACGUGGCAGCUCCCAACCAACACCUGGGUGAGGCAUUGCCCUGCAGCUGGGCCUACAGGCAUUGGACUCUGGACCUGUAGGGGGUUCUUGGCACCUGUGAACUGGUUGCACUCAGCUGGCCCAUCCACACCUCACCUCGGCCACAUCAGCGAUCUGGUGGAACCUCAUGUUUUUGUUUUUGUUUUUUGUUUUGUAUCUGGCUGGUGCAGAGACACCUAUGUGUCCUAAUGCCUUAUACAUUCCCUGCAGGAUGUGUCCUGCCCUCCUGUGCUAAACUGCAAUGAGUGAAUUCCUCUUUAAGGGCUGCAGCCAUAGCCUGUUGUGUUGUAGCAGAUGCUGUCCCCAGUCUAGUGUUUCUGUAUCACAGUUGUUAACUCUUACUUUGAUGUAAAAUAUUCUUGGUGCUGUGUCAGUGUUGUGCGCAUUGGACUGGACACUCUUGUUUUGCUGUGCACUUGGUGGCUUCCUGCGUAUGUGACCCCUCUGCUCCGUGGACACCUGCACUGAUCUCCACAUUGCCUUCCAGUUGCUGCUGUGGGUUUGUGAGCAGAUGCUGCUGCUACUGGAUGUCUAUUUUCUCAUAAAAGUAAAUGUGUUUCCAGCCUGCUUACUGUGCUCUGUCAGGUGCCCUACAAUGUGGAGGGAUGCCCUCAGAGAAGCCACUAGCUUUCCCCACUGCGGACAGGGAGCUACAAGACCAGGGUCCCGGAUGGUCACUGCUUCUCGGGACUGUCUAGGAAGCUCCAGUGACCAGGCUCAUGGAAAUAUAAUAUGUAAUUCAGAAAAGUCAUCACAGCUUUACAAUGGGGUAAGGUUAGAGACAGAAGCAAGACAUUCUCCUGCCUCUUGACCCCAGAUACUAAGAUGCCAGGUUUGGUUGUUUAGUGCUUGUAGUAGGGACCCUGAGGGAACCCUGGGAAUCGGCCAUUCAUUCUCCAUUUAGGGCAGCUGUUCUCAACAAGGGAUCAUCCUGCAAGAGACACUUAAUUUUGAUGGGUUUUUGUUGUUGUUUUGUAUUUCACAUGCAUUGGUGUUUUGCCAGCAUGUAUGUCUGUGUGAGGGUGUAGGACAUCCUAGAACUGGAGUUACAGACGGUUGUGAACUGCUAUGUCAGUGCUGGGAAUUGAACCCAGGUCUUCUAGAAGAGCAGACAGUGCUUUUAACCACUGAGCUGUCUCUCCAGCCCUGCAAGAAACAACUAACAGUGCCUGGGGACAGUUUUGUUUGGAGGAUUUGAUGGGUAGAGGCAAGGAUAUGGCCAAACUUCAUAGUACAUAGGUCAACCCCACUACAGCAACAGGGAAUACUGGUACCAUGUUGUUACUAGGGAAGCUAGGGCCUGAGUUGGGCUCAUAGUCAACAGAAACACAAGAGGAACCUUUCUCUUUUCUGAUCCAUUCUCCUGCAGCCCCGAGACUAACUUUAAAAUGAAGUAAAAGGGUCACUUGAGCUUUCAAGAUCUAGAAUAGCUGAGAUAACAAGAGUGACACCCCCAUCUCAAAAACAGGGUAGCUUUGGGGGUGAAGCUGGAGGUUUAGCCCAGUGUUGACACCCUGGUUUCAGGUUUCAUCCCUGGCAUUUUCAAAAAAGGGAAGGGAGAAAAAAUAAAAAUAAAAAAAGGGGAAGGGAGGCUGAAGAGACGGCUCAAUGAUUUAAGAGUACCAGUUGCUCUUUGAAAGGACCCAUGUCUUGAUUCCCAGCACCUACAGGGCAGCUUGCAACCAUCUGUAAUUACAGUUCCAGGAGAUCUAUCUCUUUUUUCUGCUCCCUAUAGGCCCAGGCAUGCAGGUGGUACACAGACAUACAAACAGGCAAAACAGCCGUAUACAUAUGACAAAAAUUAAAAAGUAUAUCCCUCCCCUUCAAGACUUCCAGUGCCUCCCAGUACACUUAGAAUGAAAUCCUGGUUCUGGAGUGGCUUUAGGACUGUUGUUUUGUCUGACCCUUGCCCAUCUUGAUCCAGUCUCCCCAUUAUUUUCCAAAUUCUAGCAUGCCUGCCCUCUCAGGUCCAAAUGACCUUUGCCCACACUGCUUCUUUUGAAUACUCUUAUUUUUCCCUCUCAGCUUUCCCUCCUUUGGUAGCACCUCUUUGGUUAUCUUGGACAUCAGACCUCCACUCUCCAGACUACCACUAUCCAGCAGAGAAGGCUGGGACAUGGGUUUAAGCCAAUAAAGUCUUUAUUAGCUGGCUAGCACCUACGCUGUGUGUUUGGGAUCCCAGUUCAACACUGAGCCUUUCUCAGGUUGAGCUUUUCAGCACAAAAACUGUGGCAUGAGUUGACAUACUCAUUAAACAAGAACAGUUUUAGCCAGAAGCAGAAUUACAGAAGCCAAAAAACAAAGUAUGUUUAGACACUUUCUCAGAACAAUAAACUUUGAUGGAUUAGGUCUUUGGUUUUGUAUUGUCAAGUGGUACUGUCUACAUGAUGAGUUUUAUGACCUGAAUGGUGCUUCCAUCUUGGCAGAGCAGAACAGCACGUGGCUUGUUUAUCCAGCUACUCAAGGACUUCUUAGGGGUUUUGCCUUUAAAAAUCCCUCCCUCGUCCCUUCGCACAGCAGUCUGUCGUUUGGCUUAGAGAUUGCUGUCCUGCUAGCAGGUUUAUUAAAAUUCAACUAAUUAUAAUCUG